GUUGUCCCGUCAGGACAUCCCGAGGGUUCGAGAGCGCAGAUGCGCCGGUCGCUGGUACAACCCGGGGUCACGUGACUUCCUGCGGCGAGCGACUGCUGCUGCAGUUUCUUGUCGUGAGCGCUCGGUGCAAGGUGUUGAAACUCCGAACCACAGCGGCAUGAAGCCACGCGCAGACACCGCACGAGAAUCGCUGCGCCACCCGUGAACGGUAACCCGGCUCCGUAGUGCAGCGGAUUAAAAGCGGGAAGGAUUUAGAUCCAGCGCGUUCCUGAGGGAGAAGUUUGCUCUCUGUGUCGGUGGAGGUGAACGGGACACCAGCAGCGAGCAUGGCGGAGAGAAGUGGCCGGUUAAGCUUCCCCGGGAGCGGGGCGCUAAACAGACCGGUGCCUAUGAACCUGUUCGCAACCUGGGAGAUAGACGGCUCCUCUCCUAACUGCAUCCCCAGGCUGUGUAGUCUGACUUUGAAGAAACUCGUGGUGACGAAGGAACUUGACAAGGAGCUGAUUUCUGUCGUCAUUGCAGUCAAGAUUCAGGGCUCCAAGCGAAUCCUGCGCUCUCAUGAGAUAGUGCUGCCCCCUGCUGGUGGGGUGGAGACUGAGCUCGCUCUCACUUUCUCACUACAGUACCCUCAUUUUCUGAAACGUGAGGGAAAUAAAUUGCAAAUCCUGCUUCAGCGGAGGAAGAGGUACAAAAACCGAACAAUUUUGGGUUACAAGACAUUGGCAGCUGGUUCUAUAGACAUGGCAGAGGUAAUGCAGCAUCCUGCAGAAGGUGGGCAGGUCUUGGCUCUUUGCAGUAAUCAGAAGGAGUUUCUGGGUAAAGUUGCUGAGAUUUGGAUCUAUUCCCUGUCCAGUCAGCCUAUAGACCAUGAAGAGGCGGCCAUUCUGGGACAGAAAAUCAAAUGUUCUGAUAAUUACUCGGAAGAAGAGUAUGAAAGCUUCUCAUCGGAGCAGGAGGCCAGUGAUGACGCAGCACAAGGACAGGAUCUUGAGGAUGACGAGUACGAGAUGAGGAAACCAAAAAAGCAGAGGAGGUCAAUAGUCCGGACGGCAUCGAUCACCAGGCAGCAGAACUUUAAGCAGCGCGUGGUGGCAUUGCUCAAACGGUUCAGAGUUUCUGAUGAGGUGUUGGACUCGGAGCAGGACCCAGCCGAGCCGCCUCCAGAAGUAGAAGAAGAUCUGGAUCUGGAGAGUUUAGAGUUUGAGAACCCGAGUGACAGUGGACCAGAUCUGGAUGAUGAUGAAAGUGUUCUCAGCACCCCAAAACCUACACUCAAGCCAUAUUUUGAAGGAAUUUCUCUAUCCAGCUCUCAGACAGAAAUUGGCAGCAUUCACAGCGUUAGGAGUAACAGAGAGCCACCCAGUCCAAUGGAUCCUGAUAAAAUAAGGGCUUUAGGUGGAAAGUUUCAGAUGGAUAAUGAAUCUGAUAAUGUUUCCAUGGGUCAUCCUGAGGUUGUGAGCCCUACCACUGAACUGGAGAUGAUGGACAACAUGGACACUUUUAUGGAGAGAUUGCCUCCUACUGGCCGGAUGACCAAAACCGAGUCUCUUAUCAUUUCAUCCAACCGGGUUGAGCCGAAGUUGGCAGGUCGACGGGGACGGAGCACAUCACUUAAAGAGAGACACACCAGUCGACCGCCCAACGAGAGAGCCAACAGUCUGGACAACGAGCGCUCGUUUGACACACGCUGCCACCUACAGAUUCCACGCAAAACGGUUUAUGACCAGCUGAACCACAUCCUGGUGUCAGACAGCCAUCUUCCCGACAGCAUCAUCCUCAUUAACACCUCGGACUGGCAGGGCCAGUAUGUAUCUGAGGUGUUACAGAAUCACGGUCUUCCUGUUGUGUGUACGUGCACCACGGCUGACAUACAGGCUGCGUUCAACACCAUCAUCUCUCGCAUACAGAGAUUUUGUAACAGUAACUCAGUCACACCGUCUCCUGUGCGGAUCGGAGUAGCAGGAGCUCAGCAUUACCUGUCUGUUGUUUUGCGUUUGUUUGUGGAUCACCUGACACACAAAACCCCCGACUGGCUCGGAUACCUGCGAUUCCUUAUCAUCCCGCUUGGGGUUCAUCCAGUGGCUAAAUAUCUGGCCAGUAUAGACCACAGAUAUAACAGUCUGUUCCAGGACUCAGCAUGGAGAGAUCUCUUCCACAAACCAGAAGCACCAACAUCAGUUCAGGACAGUCCAGAUGUGGUGUCCCGGGUAACACAGUACAUGCUGGGAGCAAACGGAGCUCAUCAGCUGCCCAUAGCAGAGGCCAUGCUUACCUAUAAACAGAAAAGGAAAAAGAGCUUUCAUUUUGAUUUUGCUGUAAGUCCUGAUGAAGACUCAUGUCAGAAAUUCAUUCCUUUUAUUGGGGUGGUGAAAGUGGGGAUCGUUGAACAAACAUCUGCCACAUCUGGGGAUUCAGAUGACGCUGCUCCUGUGGGAUCGUCUCUUCUCUCGUCUACUCCUCCUGCACAGAUCUCACCAUUACUGAAAGAAGCAUCUCCAACACCACCUUCUUCUCCUUCUGUGCAGUCCAGGUACAAACACACACAGUGCUUGCGGUCUGAGAUCUCUGUAGUCUUCUGUUUUGUUUUCUCACCCUGUCUUUGUGGCUGCAGUUCUCCUGGAGGAGGUCAGGGGGAGCUGAUGGGGCUUCAGGUUGAUUACUGGAUUGCUUCUUCAGAAAGGAAGAAAGAAGUGGAGAAGAGAGACUCUUCUGCCAAAAACACACUUAAGUGCACCUUCCGCUCGCUGCAGGUUAGCCGCCUCCCACUGGGCGGAGCAGAGAUGACACAUCAGCCAACCAUGUCCAUGAAUGUUGUCACCAAAGAGAAGAAUAAGAAGGUGAUGUUUCUGCCUAAAAAGACCAAGGAUAAGGAGGCGGAGUCUAAGAGUCAGGUGAUAGAGGGCAUAAGUCGACUCAUCUGCACAGCCAAACACCAGCAGACUAUGCUGAAAGUGUUGAUAGAUGGAGUAGAAUGGAACGAUGUAAAGUUUUUCCAGCUCGCGGCUCAGUGGUCAUCUCACGUCAAACACUUCCCACUUGCCAUCUUCGGAGCCUCCAAAGGCCCGUACUGAACUACAGCCUCACAUCUUCACUCCUCUACGCUAUGGCUGCCUUCACACUCAGUGCUGCCUGAUGGUUUUAUUUUAAAUAUCUGCUUUCUCACGGUUUGUGAUUUGUGUUUUUUUUAUUUCGUUGACAUUUGAUUGUUCUUUUAUGAAAGACUUGAUGCAGUCUUGGCAACAGGGCAUAUUUUUUUGACUGUAUGUUAAAACCCUCCAGUGUUUAUAGUGAACUGACUAAUGAACUGAAUCUUUAAAACUGAUCUAACUCUGUAACUAGCGAGUUUUUGGGUGGUUUUGUGUCCUUCUGCAAAGCUGUAUCCACACACUUCAGCAGCCAGCACACUUGUGGGAGAACAAACCAGCAAAAAGGAAGAAAAAAACUGAGCUUUUGUUAUAAUGAAAGGUCAAAAUCUGGAUUGGAUUUUGCUUUGGAUGGAUUUUCCAGAUGGCUUGGCUUUAUCCUGAAGACAGCUAAAGCGUUUCCUCCAUCUCUCUCACUCUCGAAGGUUAAUUGUGUGUUUGUGUUGCAGUCUCCACCUCGUCAUAUGUGGUUUACUUUGUAGGUUUGUGUGUGUGUGUGUGUGUGUGUAAGAGAAUGUAUUGACUGACGGUACUGAACGCUAAAGCACUUUUAAAACAUUACUAGAUUGUGUUUUUGUUAUAUAAUGCUUCCUGUGGUGCACAGCGCUGUUCACUCCAGCUAAAAACUGCAGCAAAGCUUUGUGGGAACUUUGGAGACAGAAACUGGACUGAGUGUCCGUGUCUACAUUAGACGGACCAGUGUCAAACCUGUGUGCUGCACUCUUUCAAAUCUUUUUUUUAAUGUAAAUGUUUCCUAGAAUGAAAUGUGUGUUAUGUUUUGUUUGUUGGCUUGUUUGAGGUUGUUUUCUUGUAAGCUGUCAAGUUUCCCCCAGAUGCUGUAAUGGAUUAAGAAUAAUGUGCCUAAAACAUGGAGAAUUUUUAGAGCAGCGAUGUCCAGGUCAUACUUAACCCCAAAAUCAAAAGAAAAGAAGUUAAUAUUUUGUUAUAAGGGAAAUGCAGCAUAUUUUUACGACAUGUUAUUUAAUUUUUAAAUAACAAAAACA